CCCCAACCUGAGUGCAAUCGAUGAACACAUCCGUCAUCCGCCGCCAUUUGCGAAAGGCUGAUCGCUGCUCGGCAGCGCGAGUGUCAUCGGUUUGACUAUGUCGAGUGUAUAAAUUGUUAUUUUCGAUAAAACUGUGAACUCAGUGCGAGAUUAUAAUCAGUUAAAAUGAUUGUGAGGUUUUUGAGCGUUUUGUGCGUCGGAGUUUUGGUGACUUCGGUGUACGGCGCUGAGGGAAACAACGACAAUGAAGACAUUCCAUACUUGGAGCUGGCAGAACCGGAGGAGGGCUACCAUGGACUGAUCAAGGAGAACGAGACCCUGGUAGAGGUGACUCCUGCCAUUCGAGCGAGAGGGCCCCUCUGCUCCUUCCUCAUACUGAACAAUAAGCACCAUGGGGAGGCCCCAUUUGAAAUAAUGGUGAUAGAUGAGAACGAGGCCCGGCUGCGCGUGCGCUACCCGCUCAACUGCGAGAAGCGCCGCAACUACAAGUUUGACAUAGCGGCCGUCGGAUGCGACGGCUCUUAUUCAAACACGGUGCCAGUUCACAUAACAGUGACGGAUGUGAACGAAUUCGCCCCGGUGUUCAGUCAGUCGGCCUACGUCAAGUCUGUGGAUGAAGGUCGCAUCUACGACGAGAUCCUACGAGUGGAAGCCAUCGACCGUGACUGCACGCCGCGGUACGGGGAUGUCUGCAAGUAUGAGAUCCUCACCGACCGCAGCCAGCCCUUCACUAUCGACAAUGAAGGUGUGAUCCGCAACACGGAAGCCCUGGACUACGAGAAGUCACACAACCACAUCCUGUCGGUGGUGGCGUACGACUGCGGCAUGAUGCAGUCAGCGCCCGUGAUGGUCACCAUCAAGGUCAACAAACCCUGCAGAGCUGGAUGGAAAGGUGUGGCAGAGCGCGUCGACUACGCCCCGGGCUCGGGCCCGCUAGCGCUGUUCCCGGCGGCGCGGCUGGAGACGUGCCAGUCGGACGAGCGCUGCCCCGGCGUGACCCGCAUCCAGGCCGCCGUGUCGCUGCAGGCCUCGCGCGCCGGCAGCGGCUGCGACCGCGACACAUACUCGCUGCACUCACAGCGCACCAUCUGCGGACUUGACCCUAAAACGAUCGACCUCCUGCCCAGCCCCGGAGUAGGAAACGAAUGGGCGAAAUCCCUGAAACCAGACUCAGGUCGUGACGGCGAGCAGAUGUUCGAGUUCGACGGUGAGACGACGGCGGCCAUAGUCCCGGAGUCCGUACUGCCGCACGCCUUGCUCGGCACCUUCAGCAUCUCCACCUGGAUGCGGCACGCGCCCCCGCCAGACAACGACAAGCAUCGCAAGGAGCACGUCCUGUGUCUCGCUGAUGACCACAAAAUGAACCGGCACCACUACGCCCUGUUCGUCCGCAACUGCCGACUGAUCCUGCUGCUGCGCCGCGACUUCGGCGAGGGAGACCUCAACAUAUUCCGACCUGCAGAGUGGAGGUGGAAGCUGCCUGAGGUAUGCGACAACGAGUGGCAUCACUACGCGGUGAACGUGCGCUUCCCCAACGUGGAGCUGUUCGUGGACGGGGAGCCGUACCGCGCGCCCGACGCCAAGGGACCCGAGGUCAUCGACGACUGGCCUCUGCAUCCCGCGCACGGGGUCAACACCACGCUCGUCAUCGGGGCUUGCUGGCAAGGCACAGAGAGCGACAUGAAGCACCACCUGCGCGGGUGGCUGGCGGGGCUGGGCGUGGCGCGCGGCGCGCUGCAGCCGGCGCGCGCGCUGGCCUGUCUCGCGCACUGCCGGGAGGGACUCAGCCUCGCGCCCGACCUCUACCUGAAGUCAGUAUCUGUGGAGGGUGACGGCGUGGCAGACGUGGAGACACUGCUCCGCCGCGUGGCGUACGGGGACGCCCGCGCCUUCCCCACGCCCGGCAGGAGGAACGUACACGUCGCUACUACCAUCACCUGCGACAACGGUCGCAUGAUAAAGGCCCGUCCGGCGGAGUCGUACAUAAUGGUCCUGGCGCCGCAGACUCCGUCCAUCCUGCUGAACGGCAGCGAGGACCUCGCCCGCGACUACACACACUUCCGAUCCGGACUCACUGUCUUCCCCGACCUGGCCGUCAGGGUACUCGCUGGUGGAAAUGGACACCCCAUGGCUGAGGCGAGUCAGAAGCUGGACUCGUGCGUAGUGUCGGUGUACCCGGCACUGAACCCGGACCACGAGGCGCUGUCGCUGCGCGCGCCGGCCGACCUGCCGCUGCGGUACGACAUCCGCGCCGCCGUCACCCGCGACGGGGUCAUACUCUCCGGGGCCGACACCGUGCAUAACUACCAGAAGGUACUCCGCGACAUAGUGUACAGCAACAAGAAGCCGGCGUACUACCUCAACCGCGUGUUCAAGCUCACGUGCUCAGAGCUCAACGGACGGUUCACCAGCAACGAGUACGUGCAGACGCUGACAGUAGUACAUCCGCACAUGUCUGGCGCGAGCGAGGCUGGUCUGGCGCGGGAGAUGCAUCCUAGUGGCAUGGCAGACAAAAUGGACGCCGUCGCACGCGAUAAGCAGUCGGAGCACGGGUCACGCGGAGGCCACGCACUGUCCCCGCGCGUGUACGCUGCGCACGCGCAGCGCGAGGCGCACGCCGCCGACGUGCCCGCGCCGCGCCUCAUCGACCUCCGGGAACACGCGCCCUCCAACCACGUGGCGCUGCUGAUAGGCGUGGUGUCGUGUGGCGUGCUGGUGGUGGUGGGGGGCGUGGCGCUGGCCCGCGCCCGCGCGUCCCGCUCGCGCCCCCGCGCCCCCCGCGCCCCCCGCGCCCCCGCCGCGCUGCACGCGCUGCGCGCGGCCCGCGCUGACGCCGAGAUGGCCUGGGACGACUCCGCGCUCACCAUCACCGUCAACCCCAUGGAAGAGCAGACAGUCCCGUCGUGCGGUACGCACGUAGGUGCGGAUAGCUCGGACGGGGAAUCGUGCUCCGACUCCGAUUCUGACCACCACGACUCCUCAGACGACGACGAUGAGGUGAUGCCAGGCAAGGAGCACAAAUACAGAAACAUCAGCCAGCUGGAGUGGGACAACAGCACGAUGUAAUGCGCACGCGCAGCCCUCUCCCCCCACACGCUGCCCCCCUGCCAUGUUUCCAUACACGACACUCUAGUAGUACAAAUCUACUUCUCAACUACCCGCUCAAACUAUAAACAACUCUAGCACAAACUACGUUGAGUUGGUUUUACAAUAAAGUACAUAAAUGACGAAAUCCUCUAGUUCAGAAGUGUAUUUGUACUAUGACUUUUUAUUUCGUUUGCAAUCCAUUGCGCUCCUCCAACCGUCAUAUCAACAACAAUGUCUUGUAUACAGCGCAAUGAAUUGUAAAGUUACUUUUACUAUCGCUAGUGUUUAUUCUAUGAUGUACGAAAUCAAUUUUUCUGAAGAACGGAGAGGAAAGAUUUAGAUGGAUGAUUUAAUUGUGCAACAAAAUGGACUCGAGUCUUCAAUGAAGUUGGUUUUGUCAUCGUACUUCUAAAGUAAGAUUUAAUAUGGCAGCUUUCUUCUACGAUAUAAUCUGGAGUCGUAGUCGAAGUACGCCGCACGUACUUAAUGUAUAGCCCAGUGUGGGAUCUAUCUAUUAUUUCCUUCGUAACUUCCUAUCGUGUAUAGAAACAUCGCAACUCGAAACAAAGCGAGAUAUUCAGUACAUUUCGGAAACGGAAUUGAUUUCAAACCCGCGUCAGUCGGUUAUUGUACCUACGUAGUUAUAUGGAAGCUUCUCGGCACAAACACACGCGUGGCACAAGACUUCGUGCGGCGCCGCGACCUCUGCGCGGGACGACGCGGCGCGACAUGACGCGACAUUUGUUGCCAGGCGACGGACAGCUGUACGCUUCACAUUAUUUUUUACAUUUAUUGAGAUUAUUGGAAUAAGGAAAUCUAGCUAAACGACUCGAAUAUAUUCAAUUUGGCAACUACAGAUUUCCCCCAGCCGUCAAUCGUCCGUCAACAAGUGUAACGCGAGACCUGCACGCUCGACCACACAUGGCUCGCGACGCCAUACAUUCUAUUUGUAGUCUAUUACUAAGGUCUUUAAAAAAUGAUCAUAUCAAAUUUAUACGUAAAACGAAAUAUAAUUUGACUCCUCGCUUGCUUUCGUAGAAGGAAAUAUGUCGUUGUUCUAAAUAUAGAGCCCUUACACUUUUUCUAUUCGUUUCUACAUUAAGACAAAUGGAAAAUAAAACUGUAUGUAUUAAAUCGUAGUCGUUGUAAUUUCGUAUGGAAUCGGUCGUAAGAGGAUAAUUAGUAUGUAAGCGGUCAGAUAAUAUGAUUGUAUAUUAUUGGAUAUAUAAGUAACGCUUCACUGGUCCAACGCGUUUCAGUUGCAGGCGGGCCCCGUGGCGCCCCCUCGUGGCCCGCCGUCUCGCCGCAUUUACUCAGUACAAGGGAAAGGACGCAUUUAUUUGACGGUACAAACGCUUCGUAAGCCCCCAUGUGUGUAGUUUUAAAAUAUUUGUCUUUCGACAAAAAAUGUCCAACACUUAACCCUUUACGAGCUUCUCGACAAAAUCGGCUUAAAUGUAUAUUAGGCACAGAGUUAUUUGAGAAAUAAAUAGAUGUACGAUAUUAUACACAUUAUACAGAUGGUAUCGAUUUAGGAUCAGCUACUAUAUAAUGAACUAUAUUAAUUAUAUAUAUAUUUUGAAUGCGUUAAGGGAUUUUUACUAACAAUUAGGUACUAAGUGGCUAUGUGUUAGUGACGCUCGCGACCUCUGGUGGAUGGCAAACGAAGACGUCGCGUAGACCUAAGUUUAGGUAGGAUCUGUUCUGUCCACUGUCCUGCUCGCACGCGCGGCGCCCGCCUCGCCCCGUCUCUCUCGGACGUUGCAUAUCAAGGACCGUUUGCCAUAUUAGCAUAAAGUGUGUAAGUCGGACUGUAAGCAAUGUUGUGGACAUAAUCAUCGGUGUAGUGUAGUGACGUCACGUGCUCCUUCUCCCCGCGUAGCGCGGGCGGCCCCAGGCCCCCGCCGGGGCAGCGGCCAGCGAGGCUGGCUAUUGUUGACUUUCUAAAUUAUUUCGUUAGUAGAUGAACAAUUUUAGUGCCAUUUUUAUUUCGUACAACGAUUUGUUUCGCCGGACAGUUGCUCGCUGCCCCCCUGUAUAGUUUGUUGAUGUCCACCUGACAACCGUCCAGUACCCCUCCCCCACUCCUACUAGUAAGAUCUGAAAAGUCCCGAGCAUCAGCUCGUAACUCCGCACAAAGCAGGCCCCAACCAUUCCAUCCCCCCCUCCCCGCGUCCCCGCGUCCCCCACACGCCGUGUGUCCCGAACUAUACCUGAGGUAGCUACUUUCUUAUCUUUCUUUUUAUCUUUUUACUAUGUUAUUGUAAUACAGUUUUUUUAUAUUUUCUUUUUGUAUUAUCUCGGUAUUAUUACUAUAUAAUUAGGGAACUUCUUUGAUGUAUGAAUUAUUAUAUUUUAGCUAAAAAUAAAGUUGGUUUAAAAUAUUUACUACUGUUUCAUUUCACACUAACCCCCGGUUUCC